UGGUGCGUUUCGCUGCUCGCCCAUCGCCAUGGCCGACGCGGUGGGUGGUGGUGGUGGUGGUGAUCGGCGGCGGCGGCGGCUGAGGGUGUUCUUCCUGCCGUUCUUCGCCAAGGGCCACCUGAUCCCGAUGGCCGACCUGGCGUGCCGCAUGGCGGCGGCGAGGCCCGACGCGGUGGAGGCCACCGUGGUCGUGACGCCCGCCAACGCCGCGCUGAUCGCCACCACGGUGACCCGCGCCGCGGCCAGGGGGCACGCCGUCGGCGUGCUGUGCUACCCGUUCCCGGACGUCGGGAUGGAGAGCGGGGUGGAGUGCCUCGGCGUCGCGGCCGCGCACGACGCCUGGCGGGUGUACCGCGCCGUCGACCUGUCGCAGCCCAUCCACGAGGCGCUGCUCCUCGAGCACCGCCCCGACGCCAUCGUCGCCGACGUGCCGUUCUGGUGGGCCACCGAGAUAGCGGCGCGGCUCGGCGUCCCGCGCCUCACGUUCAACCCCGUCGGCGUGUUCCCGCAGCUCGCGAUGAACAACCUCGUCACGGUGCGCUCCGAGAUCGUCCGGGGCGGCGCCGCCGCCCCGGCGGUGGCCGUGCCAGGGAUGCUCGGCAGGGAGAUCGUGAUCCCGGCGUCCGAGCUCCCGGAAUUCCUACUCGAGGACGACCAGGCCCAGCUUUCCAUGUCCUGGGACCGGAUCAAAGCGUCCCAGCUCGCCGGCUUCGGCGUCGUCGUCAACACCUUCGCCGACCUGGAGCAACCGUACUGCCACGAGUUCAGCCGCGUCGACGCGCGCCGCGCUUACUUCGUGGGGCCGGUCAGCAUGCCGUCGGACAGCGCCGUGCACCGCGGCGGCUACGGCAACGUCGACUGCCUGAAGUGGCUGUCCACCAAGCUGAGCCGGUCCGUGGUGUUCGUCUGCUUCGGCAGCUGGGCCAACUUCUCGCCGCAGCAGGUCCGCGAGCUCGCGCUGGGGCUGGAGGCGUCGAACCAGUUCUUCCUGUGGGUGAUCCGCUCCGAGGACUCGAGCGGGCGGUGGGCGCCGGAGGGGUGGGAGCAGCGCGUCGCCGGCCGCGGCAUGAUCGUCCGCGGCUGGGCCCCGCAGCUGGCCGUGCUCGCCCACCCCUCGGUGGGCGCCUUCGUCACGCACUGCGGCUGGAACUCCGUGCUGGAGGCGGCGGCGGCCGGCGUGCCGGUGCUGACCUGGCCGCUGGUCUUCGAGCAGUUCAUCAACGAGAGGCUCGUCACCGAGGUGGUGGCGUUCGGCGCGCGCGUCUGGGACGGCGGGAAGCGCAGCGUGAGGGCCAGCGAGUCGGAGAUCGUGCCGGCGCAGGCGGUCGCGCGCGCGGUGGCCGCGAUCAUGGCGCGCGGCGGCGACGGGGACCGGACCAGGGCCAGGGCGAGCGAGCUGGCGGACCGCGCGCGCGCCGCCGUCGGCGAGGGCGGGUCGUCGUGGCAGGACAUCCACCGUCUGAUCGACGAUCUGACGGACGCGAGGGCCUUACGGGCGCUCUAGUUGCACCAGCUCCCCCCUCCAAAUCCACUCUCAUCUCGUCCGGUUGACAAGAAGAAAUUGUAGCUCUGCCCUUACACGUCGCAAUUUGUAUCCAACUCGACAGAGUAAUAAUAUUCAGGAAUCCAUUUCUGAACAGUGACUUGGAUAUCUAUAGUUUCGACAAAGCAUUCGAGUUUGCUCGGUGAAGUACCGAAGUUUCAGGUAGCAAAUCGAUACGUAGUAUGUUUAAAUUUUGGCUUAUAAACAGAAGAGAAAAAAUAUAAAAUAUUUAGGUUUCACGAGGAAAGAAAACAAAAGUAAAAAUACA